AUGAUAGCAGUCGUCUGCUGAACGAACGCGAGAUGACGGUAGUACAUGGCCACAACUCGCUCUUAACUGAAUCGUAUUUGUACAAAAUGUGAUGUUUGCGGACUGCCUACCGGAGAGUGACACAUCGAUGCCACUGCGGAGGUUUGUGUGGUCUGUGGAUGACAGAACCAGCAGUGUGGCUGUGGGCUCAUGACACGCUCGACGGCUGCACCUCCAGUUCUCGGGCUGUGGAAAUUAGAACAAAUCCUCAGACACUCAGAUCGUUUGACGGAAGCAGUCAACCUCCUGUGUUUGUAGAUGGACGACCCGGAAUUUUGCCGAGUCUGAAGCACGUCGCACUGAAGGAACUCAACGUAAAAGUCUCAAGCAAAAAUGUCGCUUUCAACGGUGCUUGCGAAGGCACUGUUUGACAAUGCUGCAGAAAGUCCUGAGGAGCUGGCCUUCCGGAAAGGGGACAUCCUGAUGGUGCUGGACCAGGACCAGAGCGGGGGGCCCGGCUGGUGGCUCUGUUCUCUGCAUGGGCGCCAGGGCAUCGCCCCCGCCAACCGCCUCCGCCUCCUCCAGACCGCCCCUCCCCCGGGGACUGACCCUCGGAGGACCCCCAGCGAAGACUCGGUUUACCUCUCCCCCGGCCCGCCUCUGGCCCGGGGCGUGGCCGCCACGGCGGCGGAUGCGGAAGGGGUGUACCGGUCUCCAUCCAGCCAGGGGGAGGCGCUGUACCAGAGCCCCGCAGCCGUGCCUGUGUCCCGGCAGGGGGAGCUCCGCCAGGUCGAGGGCGGACGACCGCGCUCCCGAUCCAGCUCCGGUCCCCGUCCCGAAUGGGAUCUGGGAGUUGCUGGGCGGCCCCGUUCCCCGUCCCUCCGGGGUCGAGGCACCGACGCGACCACCCUCUACCAGACCCCCACACCCCCCUCCCCCCUCAUGGCCUCACAGCAUCGCAGAACCCCUGGCGGACUGGUGGCUGUAUCUGUGUCUGUAUAUGUCAGCGACAGAGAGGCUGGAACUGGAUCAGAGAACCAGGAGGAAAACACCUACUUGGUUCCUAGAGAACCGGUACCAGUGGCAGGCCACUCUGAGGGCUCCUACCUCGUGUCUAGGGCGGCAGUGAUGCCCAGCGAGGACGUGUACCAGACCCCUACAGGAGGUGCCGAUGGUGUCGUUCCUUCCUUGGGAGCACCGGUCAGCGGCAGUCCUGCUCUGACUAACGGGGCACUUCAGGUCAAACCAGCCAAGGAGAGCCCAGGAUUGUACCAGGUUCCCACCCCUGUGGGAGCUGGGCUACACAGGACUCUCCAAAACAACGGCUCUGCUCUCGGCUCCCCCUCCCUGGCUGAGGCCUGCCAACAGCAAAAGGUGGCCCUCAAACCUCCAGGGGGGCAAGGCGUUCCCUCCACCUUGCCCGCCACCAGGCAAACCAAGCUUGGCCCUUCCCCCCACAGAGGCUCCCCUCUCCUGGCUAGGCAGGCCAGGGUGCCGGCGUCACCCAACUUUGCCCGCAAGCCUCCUCCUCCUGCUCCGCCGGUCAGGGGGGUGACCAGGAAAGACUUGCCUCAGCAAACCCCUGCCGCAUCCACCGGCAAACCCAUCAGCGGAUCCACCAAUCAGCCCACUCCCUCCAGCCCCGCCCGGGGGAGGGAUGAAAGACGACAAGACGGAUGGACAAAAGAGGAGAACUUUGGUCAGGUGGCACAGAGCAGGAAGGCGGAGGAAUUUAUCGAUCACAACGACGGUGAUCAGGUGUACGAUACUCCUCCCAGCAGCAGGUGGCAGCGCCCGGCCCAGGCAGCGGUUCUGUGUGACGAUGACAGCAUCUACAACACGCCCAGGACCCUUCCCCCGCAGGCUGACCAGGAGUCUGAGGUUUAUGACGUCCCAACCAUAACACUAAACCUGUCGUCCGACCCCCUUCAGCAGAAGCCUUGCAUUGUUACCGUGUUCGCGGAGCUCGAGGUGGACGAGGAUGUCUACAGUGUCCCCACCCUGCCCGGCCUGCCCCUCGCCCUGGGAGACGUAUCAAGCCUAUCUGUGGAAGAGAGCCACCACAGCCAGGUGUAUUCCAUCCCGGGUCCAGGAAAACGAUCUCCGAUGACGGAAGGCAACAGUGCAGGAGAUCUUGGAGACUCUUCGGAACCUGACUGUGGCAUCUAUGACGUCCCGGCUCUCACUCUGGACGUCCUGCCAUCUUCCUCGUCCUCCUCUUCCUCCACUCGUAGGCUGUCCGUGUCGAGCAACGGCUCGGGCGACAUCCAAUGGAGAGCCUCCCUAUCUAGCCUCGUCCAAUCGGUUCUCAACUCCGCCUCCUCCAUGUCCUCCAGGGACCUGGCCACCUCAUUGGCUGAGAUCCUAUCUGUCUGGAAGGCGAGCCAGUUUAGCGAUCCAACCCUGUCCCUGCAGCAGGCGUGGGCCCGCCUCUCAGACCUCCUCCCGGCUCUUUCUGCUUGUGGCCACGCCUCCCCGUCCGAGGCCUUGCUCUCGACGGUCCAGAGGGCCCUGGAGGACACCACCAUCCUGUUGCAGACGCAGAGUCGGCCCCGUCUGCCUUCCCAGGAUUCCCUGUCCCGGAGGCCUCUUCCUGCCCUCCCCGUGGGGGAUGUGAAGCCCUCUGGGAUGGGGUCCCGCAAGGGGAGCUGGAUCCAGGAGAGGCCCCUGCCCCCGACCCCCCAGCCGACCUUCCCCCUGCCCCCCGCCGUUCCCUCGGUGAUGGUGACCGUGGGGCACGACGAUGGAGACGACGACCCAGGGAACGAGUACGCUGGCAUCGGCAUGACCCCCAUCCCCGCCCCCUUACCUGUGGGCGACAGUGUGGGCUACGUCAAGCUUCAGGGAAAACCUGAACCUCCUCCAGAUGUUCUGGUUGAGAACGGGCAUUCUGUCCGUAUGACAGAACCCAGGGUGAGCCCCUCUCCUCCACUUCCUGUCUCUCUUUCGUUGGAGGACUCGGAGCUCCUGUCGUUCUACUCCUCCCAGAGUCUGGCUCACCUGUCCUGCCUGGCCGAUUCCAUCGACCUGCUGUUCAGCAGCGUGCAGGGGAACCAGCCGCCACGAGUCUUCGUUUCCCGGGGGAAGAGUCUGAUCGUGACGGCGCACAAACUUGUGUUCAUCGGAGACACACUCUCCCGCCUCCUGACGUCCCCUGAUUUAAGAACAAAGGUCACAACCUCGGGAGGGAGACUGUGCCAGGCCCUGAAGACGGUGGUCGUAGCGACCAAAGGUGCCGCCCAGAACUACCCGUCAGUCUCUGCCACGCAGGAAAUGGUGGACCGAGUGGCGGAGCUAUCCCAGCAUGCCGCUGGUUUCUCCGGCCUGCUCCAGCGUCUGGCCCAGAUCUCUUGACGCUUCUUUUCCUGUCUCUCAGAUUUGUUUACACUACACAGUGCAUUUUUCUCUUUUUUAAAUGCCUUAGUUGUUACAGUGUGUGUGUUGUCUUUAUAUUGAAUGGUUUGAAGCACAGUCCCGAGGAAGAAUUUACAAUUUUUGAGCAGAAGAAGUAGUUGCGGUGCCUCAAUUGUCGCCCACUUUGAUCGUGUGUGUGUGUGUGUUUGCACUAUUUGUUUGUGUGCGUGUCUGCGUAUGUGUCGGUUUUGCCUUCCUUCACCACUGUGCUUUGGUGCCAAGCACACUUGUCUCUUGUCUCUCUGAUAACUUAUUGAUUAUGUUAGAAACCUCUGUGACUUGUUCACAUCUUUGUGGUUCAUAUGUAUUUUGGGAGCUUUCUUCUAUUCGUCUACCAUAGUUUCUUUGCUAUUUACACAUGUUUUCCUUUUUGUAUCUAUGCAUCUCUAUUUAUUAUGUCUCUCUUUCAUGUUUUCAUGUCAUAUAGCAUGUGGGCCUCAUAUUAGGUUUUGAUUGCGUGUGUGUUGAGCGGAUAAGAGCUUUGAGCUAUGUUACUGCGUUGGUUCUGGAAAUGGAUAUGGUGUGUCUAACUUUGUUAGCUGCGGGUUAAAGAGUGGAGGGUGUGGUGUUUACAUGCUUUUGUUAGGUUGCUAAACCUAUGGUGCUUAAGUUAUCGUCUAAGUCUAUACGUUGAUCUAUUCUACAUCAGCCUUCUGCUGGCAAACACACAUUUCCCCCCGAAAAAUCAUUUUAGCAAUGGUCGUGAGAAGGGGUCACAACACUAUCACUCCCUUCAGGAAGUGUGGGGAAGCAAGUUAUAUGAGUGCUGUUGAGGUGGAGGGUGGUAGAGAGGGAUUGAAAGUGAGAGUAACUGAAGAGUGUCUGUGCAGUAGGCUGUGUUCUUUCCCACGGUCCGGUACAGAGCGGAAAACCUGUCUGCUGAGUUCAGCGUGUCCCCACCUGUCUCUCUGUUCUCUCUGUGAUUUUUUAUGACACUGCCACCCACAAGCAGUCAUUUUGGUUAUUAUCUUCAUGUUGGUUGCUUUUGGUGUUCCUGGGUCCAUUUUGUGUCUUCUUUGGUGUUUACUAAGACAGCUGUUGUUCCAGGGUUUGCGGUGUAGAGAUCUGCCAGGAAACUGAGCAUUUUCUUUUGUUUGAGGUUUAUUCCAGAGAAAACAGUCUAAGUCUGCAAAAAUGAUAUAUUUCCUCAACCACGAAAUCUUGCAUACCGUUUAGCAACAUCAGUUAUAUGAUGAUCUUUGUGGAGCAAACACAGCAGGCGACCCAUCCUCCUGUUUGUCUAACAUUUUCCACAUCAGAAUGUCAUGUUUACCCAAAGCCACAAUCUGAUCACCAGUUUGUGAUCGGUUUGUUUGAGAGGACAAAGAUGCAACUUUGCCAAAUUACAGUCGUCUGGCCGGAGUCGGAACGGAAGUGUUUUGCCUUUCAGCGCCACCUAGUGGGGUACCAGUAUUACUAGUAUUACUACACAAUGUAUGUUGGCCUUACGUAAAAGCAUCAUCCAUGAAUAAGAACCAUAAUCAUAUUUAUUGAUCGUUUAUUGCUUUCUGAUCUGCAUGGCUUUAAGUUGCGUUAUUUUAUAAAUACACAUUUAACCAGGGACGUUUUCACUCAGUGAAUUAAAAUAACUCGUGGUUCAAAAGAAAAAAACAGGAACAGUUACAAUCUAAGCUACAAUUUUCUUUUUUUCUAUCAGAAUGUAUUUUUGACAGUUUUUCAUACGUUCAUUUAUACACUACGUGGAUUUGUUGUAUGGCUCUGUGAGGUUUGUCAGUAUUGAUGACAGUAACCACAGCAUUGAAGCUGAACGCUGUUCGGAUGUUUGUUGAUUAUUACCCCUCUAAAAUGCACAAAUACAUUUUCCACUGCA